UUAAUACUAUAUCAUUGCACUGUUGCUGUGUGACACUUAGAGGCACGAUAAGUUAUUGGUUAGGGUUUUAGGUUGAUAGCCUGUGUGCUACACUGUGUGCUUUUCACAAUGGGUGAAAUGUUAAGCAUGAGGGUGUUGGUUUUAAUCAGUGUGGUAGUAAAAAUAAGAGCAGGGAUGUUUGACAUUGACACAAGGGAGAACAUGUGGGUUACUUGGGCCAAACAAACUAAACAGGAUUCCUUUUGUUUAUCUCUAGCGACGCCAUCCAAUCCUUUUAGAACCUGCUUGAUUGGAGUUCCACUGACCUCCAUGGCAGAGUUCAAGUCUUUAACUCCUGUCAGGAUUGACCCAAAAGGUGAUUUAGGGCCACAAGCUGCUGCCAUAGCGCGAAACCUUCGAGCGGCUGGUCCAGAACCUCAGGAGCUUGAUCUCUUAGGUUCUGUGCCAGGAAACUAUUGUCUUGUCUUUGGGCGCUUUGCAGUGAAUUCUAGUCUAUUAAUCAUAGAUGAGCAGCAAUUGAAAGGCCACGCUACGUGGCUGUCCCCUCAUUCACUUUUGUAUUACAAUUACUCUGAGUAUUGUAAUAGUUGGGUCAGAUCUGUCACGCAAUUGACAACAGCUGCUAAGAGAUUGCCACCAGGAAUCUUUUUAGUUUGCGGAGAUAGAGCGUGGUCCACAGUACCUCAGAACAGUGUCGGAGGACCGUGUUAUUUUGGCAAACUAACUCUGUUCGCACCUAGCAUUCACCAGGUUCUAGGCUUGCCAAGGAAGGCUCAACGAGUCAAGCGCAGUAUGUCUCAGCUAGGUCCCAACUGCAAAGAUCACGUUACCCUAUGGCAGCCUCCAGCCGUGAUCUCAGCAUCCAUUUUUGCCCCAGGAGUUGCUUCAGCACAAGCCCUCACACAACUGAAACAUUUAGCCUGCUGGACAGGAAAACAGAUUAACAUAACGACGAAGUUGUUGAGUGAGCUUGCUGAAGAUGUUAGUGGCAUUCGCCAUUCAGUGCUCCAGAACCGAGCCGCGAUUGACUUCCUUCUUUUGGCUCAGGGGCAUGGAUGCGAAGAGUUUGAAGGCAUGUGCUGCAUGAAUUUAUCAGACCACUCACGGUCGAUACAUCAACAGUUAGCGCAGUUGAGGGACAACAUGAAACAUCUUGUAGUUGAGAACACUCCGUUUGACACUUGGCUGAAGUCUUGGAAUCUCACUGGGUGGAUUGUGGAUUUAAUUCGUUUUGGUAUAAUGAUCUUUAUUGCUGUCAUAGUAGUUUUGACAAUAGUGCCUUGCUUGAUACAAUGCAUGCGCAAAUUAGCUGACCGUGCCUUAACGUCAGUUUGGAUAGCCCAAAAAGAUCUUUCCAGGUGCUUCUGCAUACCAAAACUAACUGUGUGA